UGAAAAGUGGGAAUGUUUUUGUGUCCCAUAGUCCACAGAGUUUUCUGUGUCGACAAAAUUACUAUAUAAGUUCAUAGUUGUAACAUCUGCUCAGACGGGAUCCAUAGUGCCGGAACUUCCUCCAGCUGACCUCAGACCUGGGCUGGAUUGGUUAAGAUGCAUCACAUUACCUGGACAGCCUUGGUGCUGUCGGUCACUCUGUCCAUGAGUUCUGGGGGUAAAGUUCUGGUGUUCCCGGCAGAUGGCAGCCACUGGGUGAACAUGAAGGUCAUUAUUGAAGAGCUUCAUUCUCGGGGGCACAACAUUACCGUAGUGCGACCCUCAGACAGCUGGUACAUUAAAGAGGAGUCUCCCCAUUACACGUCCAUCACUAUCCCAUCCGCUGGAGGCUUUGAUGAGGAGUUCUUCGGCUCCUUUGUGAAGAGACUGCUGCAGAUACGGAAAGAACAAAAGUUUUGGAGUCGUAUGAUGUUUGAGUUAGAAUUAAUACGCCAGUUCUCAGAGAUGCAUAGACAAAUGUGUGAGAUGUUGACAAUAAUGUUUCAAGACGAGGCUCUCAUGAAAUCGCUUACAGAUGCCAAGUUUGAUGUCGUCCUUACUGAUCCAGGCAUGGGUAACGGAGUCUUUUUGGCGCGACGUCUUGGUCUUCCGUUGGUGUUUAACGUGAGGUGGACGGUCCACGGAGAGGCCCACUAUGCUAUUGCGCCCUCCCCUCUGUCAUAUGUCCCCUACCCAAGAACGGAGCUGACGGACAAAAUGACUUUCUCCCAGAGACUUCAGAAUGUGCUGGCUUGGACCGUGGGCUCUAUUCAAUGGCCAAUGAUGGUUUCUUCUCACUACACAGCUUUUUGCAAAAGGUUUUUUGGCCCUGACGUCGACUACUUCUCCCUGUUUCAGGAUGCUGAUAUCUGGCUCAUGAGGAAUGACUUCACAUUUGACUUUCCACGCCCAACCAUGCCUAAUGUGGUCUACAUGAGUGGCUUCCAAUGCAAGCCUGCUAAACCACUUCCUGCUGAUCUGGAAGAGUUUGUCCAAAGCUCAGGGGAACAUGGGGUCAUAGUCAUGUCCCUUGGAACUUUGUUUGGCGAGCUUCCAAGUGAUACUACGGAGAACAUUGCAGCAGCUUUUGCUCAGCUUCCGCAAAAGGUCAUCUGGAGACAUGAGGGUGCCAAGCCCUCGACUCUUGGCAACAACACCUUAUUGGUGGGCUGGAUGCCCCAAAAUGACCUGCUGGGGCACCCAAAGACUAAAGUAUUUGUAGCCCACGGGGGCACCAAUGGUGUGCAAGAAGCAAUCUACCAUGGUGUCCCGAUAGUGGGCCUGCCUCUGAUAUUAGAUCAGCCUGAUAAUCUUUUCAAAAUGGAGGCAAGAGGAACCGCUAAGGUAGUAGACUUUUGUACUCUAGACAGAGCAGUGUUUAAGGAGGCGCUAGAGGAAGUGCUCUAUGAGCCGUCCUACAAGGAGAACAUGCAGAGGCUCUCCAGGAUCCACCAUGACCAGCCCAUGAAGCCUCUGGACCGGGCAGUUUUCUGGAUCGAGUUCGUCAUGAGGAACGGAGGAGCCCCUCACCUGCGCACUCAGUCCUUCAGAAUGUCCUGGAUCGCUUAUUAUUCUAUAGACGUCAUUCUGACUCUGCUCAUGGCUCUGCUGCUCAUACUAUUGAUUAUGUUCCUGGCAAUCAAAAAAUGUCUCUCAGUUUUAUUCAAAAAGAAGGUCAAAUCUGAAUAAUAUUGUCUUUUCCUUUAGGGCUGCACGAUUUGUAAAAAAUGUCUAGUUAGAUUUUUCUGACAGAUAUGUGAUCUUUGAAUAUUAUUCAUUGUCAAGAAAUACUUCAAUAUUCCAAAUGUCUCUUUAAUUUAUGCCACUUCUGAUGGGUGAACAUGCCUAGUGCAUGAGAAGCAGAAUACUUCCUAGUGGUGAGCUUCACAGUCUGUCACACAAAAAGGGUGGUAUGAAUAUAAAAAUCAUAAAUGUGACAAGAUUAGCCAUGCAUGAUUAAGUAUAGCCUUUGCGAUUAGAAAAUUGCAUUGGUUCAAAUUGUGUUGCGAUAUUGUGCAGCCCUAUUUCCCUUCUGCUAAUAAAAUAAAUAUUAAAGAA